AUGGAAGCAGUCUGGGAAGCCCUUGAUAGUCAAGGAGUCCCGACUCAAUACAUAAAGAUUCUUCGUAAGCUAUACAAAAAUUUCACAACGAACAUAUCACCAUUCUACAGCGAUAUUAACAUUGACGCCAAAAGAGGAGUUAGGCAAGGCGAUACCAUCUCGCCAAAAUUAUUUACCGCCACCGUCCAGAACGCCAUGCGAACAAUGGAAUGGGAUAAUAUGGGAGUGAAAAUCGACGGUCGGAAUUUACACCAUCUUCGCCUUGCUGAUGACAUCGUCUCUAUAACACCAAACAUUAGCCAAGCGGGAACGUACGCUUGA